AGCAAGAUGGUAUAGGGAUGUGCAGCGGGACCUUCCUAUGGUCCCAUGGUUUAAGAAUGCUAAGAUAGGAAGAAGUAAACUAGUCACAAUAAUUAGGCUAAGACUGGGUCAUGCACAGGUAAAUGAAACUUUAUUCAGAAUAAACUGCUACUUUACUGAAAAAUGUCUCAAGUGUACAUUGAAUGUGAAAGAAAGUCUUCAGCACCUAAUCUUUGAAUGCCCAACAUAUGAUAGCUUCAGAGAACCAUUAAUACAACAUUUAAAGGAAAAGAAAGUAAGGCCACCAUUCUAUCUCAAAGAGCUGUUGGGUCUGAAUCCUUUUCGGAGUAGAAAGUCGCCUGGAGGACCUCAGGCGUGAAGAAAGUCUGAUCAGUGGGCCCCAACCAUUUCCAUUGAUCCUGUAAC